CGGGCAGUCAAAUUUGCGCGGGUUGGGGCCCAGCGUAGUCAUGGCCGCUUUCCGCGACAUAGAGGAGGUGAGCCAGGGGUUGCUCAGCCUGCUGGGCGCCAACCGCGCCGAGGCGCAGCAGAGACGGCUGCUGGGGCGCCACGAGCAGGUGGUGGAGCGGCUGCUGGAGACGCAAGACGGUGCCGAGCAGCAGCUGCGAGAGAUCCUCACCAUGGAAAAGGAAGUGGCCCAGAACCUUCUCAACGCAAAAGAGCAGGUGCACCAGGGAGGCGUGGAGCUGCAGCAGCUGGAAGCCGGGCUUCAGGAGGCCGGGGAGGAGGACGCCCAUCUGAAGGCCAGCCUCCUUCAGCUCACCAGAGAGCUGGAAGAGCUCAAGGAGAUCGAGGCAGAUCUGGAGCGACAGGAGAAGGAGGUCGACGAGGACACGACAGUCACAAUCCCCUCGGCCGUGUACGUGGCUCAACUUUACCACCAAAUUAGUAAAUGGCCUCAGCUCAGUAACCAACGGGAGUCGACUUAUCCAUGCCAGGCCUGCAGUUUCACAUCUGUGGCAAGAUGGGACAGAUGACACUGCUGUAUUCGAUGACAGCUCCCAGGUGUUACAAGGCUGGCCCUCAUUCAUUCAGGGGGUAUGUUUGAGUGCCACGGUGUGCCCAGACUCUGCUAGGCACCAGAGAGACAAGACACAAGUGACGUGGCUCUCCUCCCACUGCUGACGGAGGAGUCCACACAAAAGCAGACAACACUCUAGAACUAGAGAGAGGCCCAGAUUGUGACAGGAGCCACACCAGAGUGUGCUUCAUGGAGGACGGAAGCAACUUUUGUGCCUGGACUUAAAAAGAUAAGCCGGCCAGUGCAGUGGCUCAGGCCUGCAAUUCCAGCACUGUAGGAGGCAGAGGCGGGCAGGUCACUUGAGCCCAGGAGUUGGAGACCAGCCUGGGGAACAUGGCAAGACCCCUUCUCUACAAAAAAGUUAAAAAAUUUGGCCUGGCGCAGUGGCUCAUGCCUGUAUAAUCCUAGCACUUUGGGAUCUAAAACACAACACUUCCCAGCUGCCCUUGUAGUUAAGGUCUGGCCAGUGAAAUGUACGUGAAAGUGUUACAUGACACUUCUAGAAGGGUUCUUAAAUGACAAGUACAACCUUUCUUCCCCCUUCCUAUUUCCUGGAAUGUGGGCGUGAUGGCUGGAGCCCUGGCAGCCAUACUGCCACAUGUACAGACGAGUGCAGUCCCUUAGGGAUGACAGGAGCCUGGUUCCCCGAUGAUAGCAGAGCCAGAUAUCAACACAGACUUAUAAAUGGGGGAGAGAAGGGAGAGAACCAACCUCAACUUCUACCUUGUGUAAGCUGCUGGUUUGGGGGGUUUUCUGUGACAGAUACCAAAAUAAGUCCUAACUGAUUGAACAUGUACUCCAGUCCAGGGCCAGCCAAUCAAUGUGUUCAUCAUUCUCCCAUCCUCGGUGUUUUGGGUACCACUAAGGGAAGGAGGCUUGCACAUCACCUGCCUGCCUGAGGGAGGAGAGAGGGAGGUGGGGUCCCGCCCACACGGUUGUCCCCGGAUACAGCUUUGUCCUUGGAUGUGUUAGUUCCAUGAACUUGGACUUGGGUUUCAUGUUGCUU